UUCUUGCACGGGUUGUUUUGAUUAUUUUAUCUGUUCAACCUGAGGUUUGGUUCAUCGUUUCAAAGGAUUGUUGCAUUUAUUAGUUUUAACAAUAUUAAGGACCGCAAAAUGGCACGCCAGCUGACGAAACUUGGCUAUCUGGACGUAAAGAAAACGUUGUUUAUGCUGUGUGAUCUACAGGACAAAUUCCGCCCGGGGAUGAAGAUGUUUGAUUCUGUGGUCAAGAACACGAGCAAAUUGUUGCAAGCCGGUAAAAUCCUCGAUGUGCCACUGAUCGUGACGGAACACUACCCGGAGAAGCUGGGCCGCAUUGUGAAGGAACUCGACAUUUCGCACGCCAAAGGUGUAUUCCCGAAGACGCUCUUCAGUAUGAUGAUUCCCGAUGUUCAGCGCCGUAUAGAAGAGCUGUAUGGUCGCGAUGGUCCCGAAACCGUGGUACUGUUCGGCCUAGAAUCGCACAUAUGUCUCGAGCAAACGGCCAUGGAUUUGUUGAACCAGGGAUACGCGGUGCACGUGGCGGCCGACUGUUCACUGUCGCGUACGCAGGACGACCGCAAGCUGGCCCUCGAGCGUCUGCAGCAGUACGGAUGCUUCGUGUCGACAAGCGAAAACAUUAUCUUUAAGCUAAUGCGCGAUAAGCAGCACCCGGCCUUCGAUAAGGUUCGCCAUUUGGUUCGUGAACCAUCGGUGGACACGGAGCUGGCUAAACUGUGAACGAAUAAUGUCGAACUGCUGCCAAUCCCAGGGUAUCACUAAACGCAAAGUUGGAACAGGAAGACUUUACACGCUCAGAGAGCGAAUACCGUUGUUAACCUAUUUUUGAAAGAAAUGUUAUAAGCAUGUAAAAGCAAAUGAUAAAAAUUUAAAAAAGCAUUCAAUUACCA